GUGAUUGGCAGGCGAGCAGCCAAUCAGCGGCCGGCGCUGUUCCGGCUCCACGUCGGCAGCGGCGGAGGCAAAAUGGAGGCGCUGGUGCUGGAGCCGUCCCUGUACACGGUCAAGGCCAUCAUCAUCCUGGACAACGACGGCGAGCGGCUCUUCGCCAAGUACUACGAUGACACGUACCCCAGCGUGAAGGAGCAGCGCGCCUUCGAGAAAAACAUCUUCAGCAAAACGCACCGCAGUGACAGUGAGAUCGCGCUGCUGGACGGGCUGACCGUGGUGUACAAGAGCAGCAUCGACCUGUACUGCUGUGUCAUCGGGAGCGCCACCAGAACGAGGUGGGGACACGGGGACAGGCUGAUGCUCACGGCCGUGCUCAACUGCCUGUUCGACUCGCUGAGCCAAAUGCUGAGGAAGAACGUGGAGCGCCGGGCGCUGCUGGACAACAUGGAGGGGCUGUUCCUGGCCGUGGACGAGAUCGUGGACGGAGGGGUGAUCCUGGAGAGCGACCCACAGCAAGUCGUGCACCGCGUGGCCGUGCGGGGCGAGGACGUGCCCCUGACGGAGCAGACGGUGUCACAGGUGCUGCAGUCGGCGAAGGAGCAGAUCAAGUGGUCACUGCUGCGAUAGGGGGACCCCCCCC